CGUUGCACCUUACGGGUGACAGCAUGUGCGAUCGAUCCCAACUUCCAGAAACCAUGGUUGAGCACAAUGCACAUUACGAGCACGACAUACGUUACACCAUGCAGCUGUGUCGAUGGGUCUUGAAACCGAUCGGUAUCUGGCACUUCAUCUACGGUCAUGCGUCGCGAAAUGAAAAGCUCAUCUCCCUAGCACUGAUCGUCACGUGCUUCUCCGCUCUGUGCUUCGUCCUGAUACCUUCCGGAUUGCACACUUUGUUCUACGAGAAGGACAUUAACGUCAAAGUCAAGCUCUUCGGUCCGGUCGGUUUCUGUCUGACUUCCACGAUCAAGUAUUGCUAUCUCGGUGUGCGCAGCGCCGCAUUCGGAAGAUGCAUUCGGCACGUCGAGGACGACUGGCGGAUCGUUCGAUAUCAAGAUCAUCGCGAAAUUAUGAUGAAGAAUGCACUGGUUGGCCGCAGACUCACCAUGUUAUGCGCGAUCUUCCUUUAUACCGGUGGAUUGUCUUAUCAUACGAUCCUGCCGUUAUCUUCUAGGCAAGUCGACCAGAAUAUCACGCACAGACCGCUCACCUAUCCUGGCUACAACCUCUUCUUCGAUCCUGAAGCCAGCCCAGUUUACGAGAUCGUGUUUCUCAUCCACUGUCUGUUUGCGCUAAUCACGUAUAACAUCACGACAGCAGCGUGCAGUUUGGCAGCGAUCUUUGUGACGCACGCUUGUGGACAACUGCAGAUAUUAAUGACGAUGUUGGAUGACCUGGUCGAUGGAAAAAGGAACAAGGAUACCACUGUGGAGAAACGUCUACGCGGUAUAGCGAGGCAUCAUGUGCGAGUAUUGAGAUUUUCCACUAAUGUAGAAGAAGUGCUACGCGAAAUAUGCUUAAUGGAACUGGUGGCUUCCACUUUGAUUAUAUGCUUACUCGAAUACUAUUGCUUAACGGAAUGGGAAAAUAGCGAUGCUACAGCCAUUUUAACCUAUUUUAUUCUAUUGAUUUCCUUUACAUUUAAUAUUCUGAUAUUUUGUUAUAUCGGCGAACUCCUCGUGGAACAGUAUAGCAAAAUUGGUUCAGCCGUCUAUAACAUUAAUUGGUACGAUUUACCCGGAAAUAAAGCUCUUGGUCUCGUAUUAAUCAUCACGAUGUCUCAAUAUCCGCCUAAACUUACAGCUGGCAAAUUUUUCGAUUUAUCUAUUUACACAUUUGGUGCCGUACUUAAAACGUCCGUGGUAUAUUUAAAUUUGCUUCGGACAAUUACAUAAUAAAAAAUUAUUAUAUUUUUUUAUUAUAGUUCCUAACUGCAAAAAUUUGCUAUAAAAAUAUAUUUUUUGCUCCCAACAAAUAUUAUAUAG